GAUUUAAUGGAGAGACACUAUUCCUGUCAUUUUAAUCUGGUGCAAUGAGUGCUUACAACUAACUCAUCAAUAACCUGCUGGCCCGUGGAUCAACUGUGGAAAAUGUACCGUCCUGGUUAGAAAUUUCAGUUGUCUCAAUUAUGACAAAUCCCAGUAUGAAUUAAAGAUGAGCUGCACUCGCAUUGAAGGGGAGGAAAAGAUUUCCAGUGAUGAACUGGAAUGCAAAAUUUGCUACCAAAGAUACAAUGGCCACAGUCGGAAGCCCAAGAUCUUGGAUUGUUUGCACAGAGUUUGUGUAAGAUGUCUGAACAAAAUUCUCGACAUAAGUGACAGCACCCACAGCAUUAGCUGUCCCUUUUGCCGUCAUGAGACCGAAGUCCAUGAAGAUCAAAUUGCAGGUCUCCCUGACGAUGUAAACAUCAUGUCCAAACUUAUGGUCAGAGACAGACCAUCGUGGAAUUCAGACUCCAAAGAAGUAGUUUUGACGCCAAAAAACUUGACUUCUUCCAGUCCAACCCAUGGGUCUUCUAACUGUUUAGUUAUUACCAUAAUGGAGGUGCAAAGGGAUUCCCCAAGAACUCCAAACAGGAAUACCAACUCUGAUUACUAUUCACAUCACAGUCUUGAUUCACCAUCCAUUACAUCUCAAAGCCGGAUUGAUCAAGACUUAUUCUCUAAACUUUGUAAUCACGUGCCAAAGAUAUUACUGUGGUUGCUAGGCUUCUUCUACUUUGGCUCAUUGCCUCUUGGAAUUUAUCUUCUAGUGAUCCAGAAAGUGACCCUGGGGAUUGUGAGCCUCAGUCUCGUUCCUUCCAGUCUGACUGUGUGCUUGGUCUAUGGAUUUUGUCAGUGCCUCUGUCAGGGUAUAUGCGAUUGUUCACCCAGAAGCUAAUUGGUACUGCCUAACAGUUCAGCAAAGUGACAAAUUCAGCAAGAACCCCAAGUUGAUAUGUUUGUGACUGCAGGUAUCUGGAGAACAAAGUAACUGCUGGCUUCAGAUCAGGUUUACAUUUUGUUCUGUCGAUACAUCCAAUUGAUAAAUUUAAUAUCAUUGCUCC